CAACUUAACAGUGAGAGUCGUCUUUGCUUUCAUCAUUCUCUUUGAUAAAAUGGGACACUCUUGUUGUGUGAAAGGCUGCUAUACUAAAUCACACGACAAAAAUGGCAGCAAAGUUGACCACAACGUAAGAUUUUUUUUCGUUUUCCCACUUGGAAAAGAUGUUAUGGACAGCAGGUUGAGGAACUAGCGAAGAGGCGUGAUGGCCUGGCCUGGGUCGCAGCGGUGAGACGGAAGGGUGACUUAAUGCGUGUUUACUCUCGGCAUUUUCAUUAAGGCAAGUCAGAGCUUUUCUUUGUGUGAACCAGCUUAUGAAAUGAUGGAGACUGACCCAGACUGGGGACCAUCCCUACAUCUCGGACACACAUCUGUUACACCGACAAAGACUGCUCGCUCUGCAAGACUAAGUAGGCGUGAGCAGCUACGGAAAGAGACAUUGCAAACACCAGAGAUGGGGGUCCAGCAGGAUGCAAACAUUGAAGAGCUGCAGACCAAGGAGGGACCAUCUGAACCUGGUGAAAUAAACAGUCACCAACAGAAUGAGGAGGGGACACCUGAUGCUGGAGAAGAAAGUGGUAAGCUACAGACUGAAGAGGGGACACAUGAAGCUGGAGAAGGUGAUCAGCUAAUCACAGAGGAUGAGACGCACAACACCAGUCAGGAUGUGACACAGACUGUGAUUAUUGACUGUUUUGAAAUUUUCACAGAGAAACCAAAUCUGAAAGCACGUAAAGCACAUGCCCAAAUGUUUUCCAGCUACAAGUACCACCACACUAUUAAGUACUUUAUAGGCAUUACACCCAAGGGAGCCAUUUGUUUCUUAUCAAAAGGCUGGGGAGGUUGCACAAGUGACAAACAUAUAACCCUGAACAGUGGUUUUCUUGAUAAUUUGUUACCUGGGGACAUUGUCUUGGCUGAGAGGUUUUGACAUACAGGAAUGUGUGGGCCGCUGUCAGUUAGCAGCUAGAGAUGUGGAGGAAACUCGGAAAAUAGCACAUUUGAGAAUCCAUGUUGAAAGGGUCAUCGGAAAUGUUUAUCAGAAGUAUAAGAUCUUAACAGGAACCAAACCCAUAAACAUGAUUCUUCCACGUGAAGGUGAAGAAGCCACAAUGUUGGAUAAGGUUGUCACUCUGUGGUGUGCCCUGACAAUAGUUUAAUACAAUUAGUUUUCUUUUUGUAGUAUUUGUGCAUGCAAAGUUUUUAUACGUUUUAGAUGACCUAAACCUGUUUAAUAAAGUAUGUCAA